AUGCCCGGCCUGGAAGUCCUUAACACGUCUCUCGCCUCACCAGGAGGAGGACAACACCACCACCAACACCCGCCCCAGCUGAGGGCCCACAAGUCUCUCCGUCGAAGGCCAAAUGUGCUCUGGAGCCCUCAACUCUUCGAAGCAAACCCCGGAGGCCCAAACGGCCGUCCUUCAAAUAAUGGCGCCCCGUUGGCACCCGCCCCUGCUCGUCCCCUCACGCCUCCUGCUGUCGCCCAACCCGACGACGAUCUGACCAGCGACGGCACGAACACCCCCAAAGCCGUCUCCUCCUCCUCCUCCUUGUCCUUGUCGACGCCGAAGCCCUCCCAUCCCCCGACGCCUGAAACCACCCCCCCGCAACUCUCGGCCUCGGCCGCCCGUCCCGGUCUGUCGCACUUCGGUCAGUCGUCUGCCUCGUCACGAGCGGAUUCGUUUCGGACCGCCUGCGAGAUGAUUUCCGAUGCGGAAACCGAGACCCCCCGCCGCUCGUCCCAGUCGGUUCUACCGACCAGGCACAAGUCGCUGCGCACGGAUGAACCCUUCGACAGCGACAGGAGUGGAGACACCACGCCGAUUCCCGGCCCUCGCCCCGAUCGCUUGCGUGCUCCCAUGACGGAACCCCCGGCGCGCGGAGAGAUGGAGGAGACGGAGCCCCCCAGAGUGUCGCCCCCACGCAGAAAGAAAUCCACGAGGAACGGCGCACGUCGCAUCCCUCGCCCGGCGGACUGGGAGGAAACGCGAUACGGCGAAAGUGACGCAGACGUGCCGAGUGAGGAGGUCCCUAUCGUACAUUCGGAGAGUCCGCGAUUGCCGGCCAGAGACCUGCAAGAGCCCGUUGCGGGGUUGUCGAUUGAGGAGUUUCGUGAACAGAUCGACUGGCCACCGACGGAGCGACGGCUUCAUCCCGCUGACCCCGACGAUGUCCGCCGACUGUCCGACGUUUCCACCGCGUCGACCGUCGAGGUGAUGAUUAUCGACCCUCCGCAGUCCACUCAACGAUCGCUGCGGCACACGGAGAAGAGGGACUCCCUGCGAUCGAUCCCCCGGUCAGAACACGCGUCACUCGCAUCCAACCCCGACUCCCAGCGGCGCCUGGUCCACAAGGCUGGCCGCAUCACGGAGCACGAUCGCAAAAGCAUCGCGUCGGAGAUAUCGAUCUCCGGAGCCUCGAGCAUGAACCUUCCGCCGCAGAACGUGGAUAUCGUGCCGGUGGUGGUAAUCCCGGAGCGACGGUCGUCUCUCAAGUCGUCCAGCUCCAGCAGAAACACGUCGCAGACGCGCUCCCGCCACUCCAGUCGACGAGGCACAACCGCCUCAGGAAGCCGGCCGGGUUCCAGAGAGCCUCCGCGCCAGAAGAAGCGAACGCUGUCCGACAACUCCAACCCGGGUAAAGGCGCAGAGCCUCGCGGCCGUCACCCGGAGUCUGGCCGACCCACGGUCCCUGCGCGCAACUCGUCGCUGUCUGCACCCACCAGUCGGAACAAUUCGCGGACGACGUCCCUCACAUCGGAGAGUUUGCGGGAUCAUACGUUGGCGAUGGAGCACGAUCCCCCACACCGUCCGGUUGAAAAACCGCCUGUGCAUAGACCCGAGGUGCCCCGGGGCCUGAACAUCCAUGAUGCGGGCGAAGCCUCCAAGACACAGUCCAUCAUCAUCGGCGUGGAGGACAUGUCGCACCUGCGCCCACCCUCGAUGCCCUACACGCAGAUCUCGAUCCCAUCCUCAUCCCCGGGGCUGAUCGAAGUCAGCGAAGCAACCACCGUGACCUUCUUCCCCCACACCAACGAAUCGCUCCUCCUCGUCGACCCACAAACGCAGUCUACCCUUCGCAGCCAAAUGCCCGGCCCAGACUACCACCGACCCGACUCGCCCACCCCGCGAUCCGACCUGAACUUCCCGCUACAGAACCCCCGGCAGCCGCCCAAACCCCCCGUAUGCCAAGUGAUCCCGCCCACCCCGGUCCAAGACGACCCGCAGCCGGCCAUCCCAGCGGGGAAGAACAAAGAAGCAAGCGGACGGCCGGGCCGACGAUUCGGCUCGGCUCGCCGUCCCUGGAUGCCGAUGAACCGCAAAGCGGGCAAGGACAUCGACGGCCGGCUGCAGCCCGACCUGAUCAUCAAAAACUCCCUCGGCAUGCCCCAGCAGCGGGUCGUAUUCGAGGGUCCCCCCGUGGCCAUCCCCCGCCGCCGUCUCGAAUCCCAUUCCCACCACGCCAACACCAACAGAGGCACCCUCGUCAACAGCCAGGUCUUCACCCCCGAGGCCUUCUGCUCGCAGACCUCGCUGCACCAUCACCGCUACCGAUCGUUGUCCUGGUGGAGGCUGCGGCUGCGCGCCGGCAAGAUCCGGAAUAUUCGGAGGCGCGUGAGACGUACCUGGCAGCGACAUGCGGAUCAUCGGCGGGAGGCGAAGCGCGAGAAGCUCAAGCAGAGUAUAAGUGGGGCGGUGUUGGUGGAGUCCAGUACGCAGUUGAGGGGGGGUGAUGAGUUAUGA